AUGAUGUGGAAAGCACUGGUAUUAGCUGUGUGUCUGCUGGUGGCUGGGGUGCAGGGGAUGGAGCGCCCCACGUAUGGAGUGAAGCUCUGUGGUCGGGAGUUCAUCCGGGCGGUCAUCUUCACCUGUGGAGGAUCUCGCUGGAGACGGUCACUCGGGAGUGCAGGUGAGGCAUGCCGGCUGGACAAGCCUUUUCUUGGCUCAUUGUGUUUCUAAAUUGUGCACAUUUUCAUUCUAGCCAAGCAGUAAUGCACCUGAUUCAACUUAUCAGUGAUUUGUGGUUUGUUGAGUAAAGGGAAAGGACUAUGUUGGCUUUUUUUGUAUCACUGGCUUUGUCCAUUGGUAUGUAUUACAUCCACACAGUCGAUUACAUCCACACAGUCGAUUACAUCCACACAGUCGAUUACGUCCACACAGUCGAUUACAUCCACACAGUCGAUUAUAUCCACACAGUCGAUUAUAUCCACACAGUCGAUUACGUCAACACAGUCGAUUACAUCCACACAGUCGAUUACAUCCACACAGUCGAUUACAUCCUCACAGUCGAUUAUAUCCACACAGUCGAUUACAUCCACACAGUCGAUUACGUCCACACAGUCGAUUACAUCCACACAGUCGAUUAUAUCCACACAGUCGAUUAUAUCCACACAGUCGAUUACGUCAACACAGUCGAUUACAUCCACACAGUCGAUUACAUCCACACAGUCGAUUACAUCCUCACAGUCGAUUACAUCCACACAGUCGAUUAUAUCCACACAGUCGAUUACAUCCACACAGUCAAUUACAUCCACACAGUCGAUUACAUCCUUUUCAUUUAUAUGAAUUUAUGUUUAUUACCACAGCACUCUUUGACUUUUGAUGGUAUAAAUUGAGCAGCACUGAGAGUCAAUAUCACAUUUCAACUAUCCUAUUAUAAACCGCAUUUCAGGAGACUUCCCUCAGGACCCUUUCAGCUCCCAUGACGAGGACUUAUCUGAAGGCUGGAACCCAGACUCUCAGGUCCCCGAGGGUCCCUUCCAGCAGGUCCAAGAGGGUGGAGUGUUCAUCAGCAGGCCAGCCCGCUCCCUCAUCUCAGAGGAGGUACUGGAGGCUCUCCGUAUGUCUGACCGUAAGGGCCGUGAUGUGGUGGUGGGCCUGUCCAACGCCUGCUGCAAGUGGGGCUGCAGCAAGGGAGAAAUCAGCUCCCUUUGCUGA